UUCCGAGGCCGAGCGGGAGGGUCGUGGGCUCCACGCCCGCGAUCCUAAAGGGAUGAGAAGUGUCCCGCUGUCAUUUGGCUUGUGAGCUUCAAACCCUCCAGGCUAAGGGGAAAGCAGGAAGAGUUACUAUUUCCAGAGAAACCUGCGCUCCUCCACCCCUAAAAUAGGAUAAAUCCAUGGGAUAAGAGAAGAUGGCAUCUAGAGUAAAUAGCAGUUUCACUUUGAUACCCAGCCAAAAAUGUAGACGUUCUAAUCAUCAAUCCAGCUAUUUUUGCAACACCCUUGAUUCAGACCCUCAACUCUUAUCUACACUUGGAAAUUUUAAAGUCUUACCAUUGGAAAUAUUACACAUAAUUUUAAGAUACCUGUCAGUGAAAGAUAUUGGCAUGUUAAGUAUGGUGUCCAAAACAGUCAGCCAGCACAUAAUUAAUUAUAUCUCAACCUCAUCUGGAAGUAGGAGACUUUUACUACAGAACUUUCAUGACCUUGAUCUGCCUGGCACAAAAGAGGAGACUGCUCUGCUGGAGCACUACAGAGCUCUAGGUCUACUAUUUAAAAGAUGCACCUUGCUGCUUCCCACCAAGGAAAGACUGAAGUACAUUCACAAGAUACUCUCAGAAGUUUCCUGCUUUAAAUUCAAUGGCUGUUCAGCUCCUUUGCAGUGUUUAGGAUUAUCAUGUUACGGCAUGUUUUUACAGACCUUAACAGCAGGUUGGGAUGAACUUGAAUGCCAUCGUGUGUAUAACUUCUUAUGUGAGCUGACUAAUCUCUCCCGAAAGAUGCAGACUCUUGUCUGCAACAAACCAGGAAGUGCUCGAAAACUAGAGUUAAGGGUUAGACUGUUCUGUCGGAAUGUCCUCCUUGAUCACUGGACCCAUCGAAGUGACUCUGCAUUUUGGUUAACUCGAAUAUUAAAGCCAUGGCCAAUGGUGAAUCAGGCAAGAUUGCUAUAUAUUAUCUUUGGACCAACAUCUCCUCAUGAUGGGCAGGUGAUUUGGCAGGAAAUGAUAGAAGGACCUACAGAUGAAUCCAGUUUGAAAGGUUUGGCUAAUGCCAUUAAGUUACUGUAUGACACAGGUGCUAAAGGCUGGACAGCAGAUGAUGUCAUCAGUCUUGUAGAUGAGCUAUCAGUGGUUCCCCGGGAGUGGCUUCUGGAGAAUAAUGCACGCCUCCUAAUCCUGAGCGGGAACAACAUCUGCUUCACUUUCAUGGCGAGUAAAGCUGUAAAUGGGCGGGCCAUUGAACUUGCAAGACUCAUAGUCUUUUUGGCUUUGGUGUGUGAGAAAGAGUUGUACUGCAUGGACUGGACAGUUAGAAUGAUGCAAAAAGUCUGCAAAGUCUUCAACACUGCAGCAGAGAGAAAGAGCUUCCUGCAGAGCGUAGCAAAUGCCUUUGCCUGUGUCACAAUGGAGAUGUUGCAGCCUGUUAUGUCUGGAGAGCGUGAUGAUGAUGACAGAGGCUUCCUGAAUUUGUUCCAUCUUCUCCAUGCUCAGGCGAAUUUCCAUAAGGAGGUGCUGUAUCUGACUAUGAAUGCUAUCUCUUCCUAAGUCAGAAAGCUUGUCUCUUAAAGGGUAUGUCCCCCUGGACCGGCAUUCAGGAGAGUGAUGCUUUUUCACAUCCAAGGAUAGAACCUAUUGAACUCUUGAGAAUUUAAUUAACCAGAAACGUAAGUUGCAUAGGACUUUAGCUAUAACUGUUUCACUCUGAUUAUUAGAAAAUAGCAGGCAAACCCAAGAAUAUAUUGCAACUUUUCUGGAAAACAAGUUCUGGCUCUCCAGGUUUUGAUAAAUAUAACAUCAAACCAAAUCAUCAGAGUGUCAACUGUCCAAGAAUCUGCCGCCGGUUCAUCCUAUCUAUAUGGCUUUUUGAAGCAAGAGCUAAUUCUGCCUUAUUAAGAGCAGGUCCACAUUCAAUGACUAGAGCUCUCUGUUCACUUUGCUUGCUUUGAGCAGAUAUGGCCCACAUGUUCUCUAAGGAUUUGUACUAUUGUCUUUUAGAAUGUACAUUAUGUAAGUUACAUUCUUUACCACCUUCUUAGCAUAUGGUUACAAAACAAUCUUAUAUUUCAUUUAUAUUUGUAUAAACAAAAAAAUCCAGAAUAAGUAUAUAAGUAUUGUAGAUAAUAUAUAUAUGUAUAUAUUUAUAUAUGUAUAGAUACAUGUUCAUAUAUUUCCUGCAAGACAAUCAUACAAAAGUUCUACAAAUGGAGGAAGGUGUGUGUGUGUGUGAACUGUAGUUUUCAGAUAAUGGAAUCAUCUUGUAACUUCCCUGGGGAUUAGAGCAGAAAAUUGCAAGCAGAAGAAAAACAUAAUAAAAGUAAGUAGCCAAAAAAAAAAAAAAAAAAAAAAAAAGCCGGGCAGUGGUGGCGCAUGCCUUUAAUCCCAGCACUUGGGAGGCAGAGGCAGGCAGAUUUCUGAGUUAAAGACCAGCCUGGUCUACAGAGUGAGUUCCAGGACAGCCAGGGCUACACAGAGAAACCCUGUCUCGGAAAAAAAAAUAAAUAAAUAAGAAGAUAAAAAAUAAAAAAAUAAAAGUAAGUAGCUCUUCUGCUGCCAGAACAAUCAUCACAAGUCACUUCUCUUCUUGUAAGACUUUCCUUCCAGUUCCAGAAAGUGGGGUUCAUGAUGGGAACUGAAAGCACAGACUAUAGAAUAUCCAAAGAGAGGGGACAGGGCAGGAGGAGAGAGAAAGUUUGUGGAGCCCCAGACACUCUAGGCCCAUAUAGUAGACCAUCCACCUACCUUCACCUCCACUUAUGUCAAAGUGGCUAUAAUGCAGGGGCCUCGUGUAGCUCCUCCUCCUCUUCUCCAGUCAAACCCAGGGAUUUGUGCAGCUAAGCAAACACUUCACCACUGAGCUUCCCCAGCCCACACUCACCUUCCCACUGGAUUCUCAGGGGCUGACCUUCUUAUCAUUGGCAUACUGGGAGAUCAGGAAAUCACCUUCAGCAGUUGGAUAUAAAGAAAAUCCAUGAAUUUUAACAAAAGGUUCAGUGAACAUUUGAUAAUACUGAGGACAGUGAAAAUUGUGGAGAAGUCAAUAUUGUGAUAUCAGACUUUUACUACAUUUCAAUAGCAAAAACACAUGGAAGGAUCAAAUUAAUUGCCUUGUUGUUGUCUAAGUAUAAUUCCACUAGUGGGAAGAUUUGGGGGUUGUUUACUCCAAAGUUUAUUUGAAGAUUUAGGGAGGGAAACAUUCUUGCUUUUUUUCCUCAUUUAAUUUUCUUCUGUUUAGUUGAAAAAUUGAUCUGUAACCAAUAGCCUGGGCAGCCUGUGGUAACAGUUAGUGGCAGAGUACAAAGUAAUACCUCAGAGAAGUUCACUCUUUCUCUGUCUCUGAUAGUCCCAUACCCACUUUGGAAAGAUGACUAGAUUUAUCAAAACAGUGAUUUCAAGUUGACAUUUUCUUGGAAAGAAAAGGGAAAAAAGCAAAUGUUACUGGGAAUAGUAUUUUAAAGAUUAUACUUACUUCUCUACUGUCUCUCUCUCUCUCUCUCUCUCUCUCUCUCUCUC